AUGUCACCACCCCUCCUAUCCAAGCCCAAAGAAGGCGAAGUCCUACAACUCUACCUAGCCGUCAGCUCGACAGCGGUCAGUGCGGUCCUAGCUCGCGAAGACGAAACACAACAGCUGCCUAUUUACUACAUCAGUAAGUCACUACUAGAAGCAGAAACCAGGUAUUCCUCCCUCGCAAAAAUCGUUUUAGCACUCGUUACUGCAGCCAAAAAACUAAGGCAUUAUUUUGAAACCCACCAAAUAGUGGUGAUGUUUAAUUAUCCAAUCAAGUCUGUGAUGCGUAGACCAGAAAUAACAUGUCGAAUGGAGAAAUGGACAAUGGCGCUAGGAAGCUUCGACAUCAAAUACCAACCGAGGACGGCCAUAAAGUCGCAGGCCCUAGCAGAUUUUGUGGCAGACAUUAGCCCCGACUUGGAGAAGACAGCAGACGACGAAAUCAAACUCAUCAACAACGUAGAAGAAGUAUGGACACUCUUCGUUGACGGCUCAUCUAACUUUCGUGGUGCAGGUCUAGGCGUCGUACUAAAAUCGCCACAAGGGGACAUGAUAGCACAGGCCAUAUGCUGCGACUUCAAGGCGACAAACAACGAAGCAGAAUACGAAGCGCUAAUUGCUGGACUGACGUUAGCUGAAGAAUUAGGGGCAAGCGGACUCAACAUCUUCAGCGACUCACAACUAAUCAUCAACCAAAUUAACGGCGACUACGAGGCUAAAGACCUAAAAAUGACCUUAUACCUCGAGAAAGCAAAAAAGCUAACCUCCAGAUUUAAACCCUUCUCCAUUAAACAAGGCAUACUAUUUAAAAGGUCAGCGAACGGUAUGUUAAUGCGAUGCGCAGAAAAAACAGAAUGGGAAGGAUUACUAAAGCAAUACCACGAAGGAGAAUGUGGCGGACACGAAGGAGGACGAAGCUUGUCAACCAGGAUCAAGAGAAACGGAUACUAUUGGCCAGAAAUGCUCAACGACGCGAUGAGGUUCGGAGUGCCAUCAGAAAUCAUCUGCGACAACGGAUCACAAUUCAUCAGCGACAAGACUAGAGCUUUCUGCAAGACAUGGAACAUCGAACUAAAGACGUCGACGCCAAGAUAUCCCCAAGCAAACGGACAGGCGAAAUCCAGCAACAAAACAAUCAUCUCAUCGUUGAAAAAGCGACUGGACGACAAGAAGGGGCGAUGGGCAGAAGAACUGCCAUCCAUCCUAUGGGCCAAUAGGACGACGCCUAGGACGGCGACAGGGCAGAAUCCCUUCUCACUCGUUUACGGGUGCGAAGCAGUACUACCCCCCGAAGUGAAACUGCCCAGCGCACGAUAUGGACUCAUGACACCGGAGCAGAACGACGUGGAACUUAGUGAAAAUCUCGACAACACAGAAGAUUUCAGAGAAGCAGCGUUGAUAAGAAUGGCGUCGCAACAACAGAUCGUGGCAAAAUGCUUCAACAAAAACGUCAAAGUAAAAAUGUUCAAGGAAGGCGACUGGGUGCUGCGCAAGGUAUUCCAAAAUACAAAGGAACUAAACGCAGGUAAGCUCGCACCAGCUUGGGAAGGACCGUACUUGAUCGACAAAAUCGUCGGAAAGGGGGCAUACAGACUCGCCACCAAAGACGGCAAGUCAGUCCCCCGAAGCUGGAACGCUACACAUCUUAAACUCUAUCACUUCUAA